UUGAUAAUCUGUGCAGCGCGCGAAGUCAAAAUAAAAUCGAAUCUCAAUUAGAGGUUAUGUGUAGACUGUUUUUAAGUGUUAUUCGUGUUCUUUUUAAUAUAAGAUUUACGUAAUUAUGGAUUGGAAUGAAAUUUUAUCAGGUGUGGAAGACUUAAAUGAUCCUACCCUUUACGAAAAAGUACUUAUUGCUAUUGAUGAUAUUUAUUGUGAAGAUGAAGACUUUAUGCAGUUGUUAAUAAGUAAACUUGAUAAUAUGAAUGUGACAUGGGAACAGCCAUGGUAUCAAACUUCCCUGUGCCUUACACGUUGUACAGUUACGAACUAUGAGGAUGAUGGAAAAUUAGAGAAAUUUCGAACAAGUCAUUUUACAAAACAAGAAUGUGAACAAAUAAAAGAGAACUGGGCUGAAUUUAUUAAGGAAUAUGAUGUACCCGACAUGUUACAAUCAUUUGCACGGUGGAAAAAUAGAGACUGUAAGAACCCUUCCUCGCCACAUGAAAAAGUUAGAAGAUUUGUUACUGCAUACUUAGCACAAGGCCUUGAAAGAAAUAUGCAUCAAGUUUAUCAGUAUGUUGUAAAACACUUUGGUACACCUGUUAAAGGAAACUAUUCUGAUGUUGAGAAAAAGUUAUUUAAUAUUUGUUUUUAUUUCACUGAAAAGGAUGCAGUGAAAAAACUGUCACUACUUCUUGGAAGAGAUCCUAGGGGUAUUUAUAAACAGCUUCGUCAAAUGUAUGAGGGUAAACCAGAGAAGAAAAAGUUAAAAUGGACUUUACCCUUAGCUACAAAAUUUUUAAACUUGCUUCUAAAAUAUUCAAACUGCUCCCUAGAAGAAUUGAAAUAUAAAAGGUUUGACAAAUCAGUUUGGCUUCAAUUGGAAAGUGAUAUGGACCAGCAAUACCAAUAUCUACAAAAGUUCUGGUAUAACUCACUACAUGUACAAAUUUUUGUAAAACAGGAUGUAAAAAUUAACAGGCUAAGGAAAAAGAUUAUUCGUGUAUUGAGAGACAGUCCAUAUGAAGUAUGGAGGGAUAUCUGUUGGAAAGAUUUGCCAAGGCAUUUUCCAGAUGGUUUUACUCAUACAUUUCUGUAUAAGAAUUUCACAUGUAUUUUAAUUGGAAAAACUGAUUAUUUGAAUCAACCAUUACAUGAAGUCUUAGAUUAUAUUUUACACAAAGUAAAUACCAGGAGAAGAAAUAGAAGAUUAAGAACUUUGUCAUAUGAAAAUGGAAAUCUUGAAUUGAUCAGUUACAAGGAUACCAAAAACAAUAAUAUAGAAGAUUGAUACA